CUUGUAGGAAACGCUAUGUAUAACUUAUUUUGAGUUAUAAUUUUUUUUUGUUGUAGCCAAUUUUUAUUUGAACUACUGACUGAUAUUGUGUGGUUUUCACUAUUAUUGUUAUAUUUACUUGGCUAAUAUUUGAUUAUUGACAAUUCUACAAAAUCCCUUAUGUUGAUAGACUCGCUUUAAACCUUUUGGCAAGUGUACAAAUAAAGUAAGGCGGAACUUUGGGUAUUGCUAUAAAAGUGGUUGACUAGGUUUCAAGUAAUCACAUCAUCCAAUUGUUCGAGCUCAGCAGUUCCAAAAGAUCACCGUAUUAUUCAAGAUGAAAUUCCUUUUCGUGGUUGCCCUUAUCGCGCUGGCCAUUCAGUUGGCCCAUUCGGCAUCUGGCACAACAACAACUACAACGGCUGCUACGACUACAACAACGACAACCACUGCGGCAUCAACCACCACAACAACCGCCUCUUCCACCCACAAGAAGCUCUGUUGGAGGGGCAACAACUGGUGCCACACCCGCAUCCCCAAGAAGAAGUGCAAGAACCCGAAGAGGUGCCACAAGACCGUUGUGAUCGUUACCCACAAGCGCGGAUGAAAAUGCAAAGAUGUGAAGAUGCUAUCCCUGGAAAAACUAAUAAUAGCACAAUUAUUGGUUUUUAAUUAUUCAAAAUAAAAUAAAUUUGUAUAAAA